AUCAUAUUUGUUAAUUCCAUUCAUUCUCUUCCAUUAAUUACUCCCAUAUAUUUCUUGGUUUCUACUUCAAACCUAAACCAAACGCCGAUAACCACCUCUCACCAGCAGCUCCACAGGUGGCCAUAAAUGGCGGACAUCAGAAGACCCAAUCCCAGAAGCAGCGGCAGAGGGUUUUAUUUGAGUUUGAAGAUGAGAUUAAUCAGACCCGCAGAAGGAAGAUUGUUCUGCCAUAGAUGUUUCAAAUGGGUCCUCUGGUUCUCCCUCUCUUUCUAUUUCUUCGCCUCUUUUCUCUUCUCCCAUGAGCCCGCCGCCGCCACCAUCUCCACAGCCGCCUCCGUCCACCACCAGUCCGAGGCCUCUCGCGCCUUGAUCGAUUCCGAGAAUACCCGUCGGGGGAAAUUGGGGUCCGGCGCGUUUGAGGGCUUGAAGAUUUACAUAUAUGAUUUGCCGGCGAGGUUCAACAUUGAUUGGCUGAAGAACGAGCGUUGCGGCCGCCAUUUGUUUGCCUCCGAGGUGGCGAUACACCGGGCGUUGGAGACCAGCGACGACGUACGGACGUUUGACCCGUGGGAGGCGGACUUUUUCUUCGUUCCCGUCUAUGUUUCUUGCAAUUUCAGCUCCGUCAAUGGGUUCCCGGCGAUUGGACACGCCCGCUCUCUGAUGUCCGCCGCCGUGAGCCUGGUUUCGUCGGAGCAUCCAUUCUGGAACCGCAGCGGCGGUGCCGACCACGUCUUCGUAGCUUCUCACGACUUCGGCUCCUGCUUUCACACCUUGGAAGACAGGGCAGUCUCCGAUGGGGUGCCGGAGUUUUUGAAGAACUCUGUCAUAUUGCAAACUUUCGGAGUGAAAUAUAACCAUCCGUGCCAAGACGUUGAGCAUGUUGUCAUUCCGCCGUAUGUUUCCCCGGAAAGUGUACGGAGCACGCUGACGGCGACGGCAAUGUCCGACGGACGGAGAGAGAUUUUCGCUUUUUUCAGGGGCAAAAUGGAAGUCCGUCCCAAGAACGUUAGCGGUCGUUUUUACGGAAAGCGGGUACGGACGGCGAUUCUGCAGAAAUACGGAAACGACCGGAAAUUUUACCUGAGGAGACACAGUUUCGCCGGUUACCAGUCGGAGAUACUCCGGUCGACGUUUUGCCUGUGUCCACUUGGGUGGGCACCGUGGAGCCCGCGACUGGUGGAGUCCGUCGUUCUCGGCUGCGUGCCGGUGAUAAUCGCCGACGGCAUCCGGCUGCCAUUCCCCUCCGCCGUGCCGUGGGAAGAAAUCUCGGUCACGGUGCGAGAAAAAGACGUUCAAAAACUGCGGCCCAUACUCGAGAAAGUCGCCGCCACCAACCUCACGAAUAUCCAGCGGCGCCUGAUGGACCCCAGCGUCCGGCGGGCCCUACUCUACAACGUUCCGAUGGUAGAAGGGGAUGCCACGUGGCAAGUCUUGCGUGCGUUGACCGAUAGGCUAAGCCCGUCCCACCGCAGGGUGACCACUUGAUUACGUGGACGGAAUCUAUUGGCGAAACUUUGAUCAGCUGGAGAACGCACUGUUACGUUGAUGGAUUACAGCUGUGAUUGGACCCCACGUGGGCACAGAGAGUGGGCUUGCGUGGGUCCCGAUGGGGCAGAGAAACAGUGCAGCUGAGCUGGCUGGAUGGGAUUGGUGGGCUUUGCGGUUCAGCAGGACGGGGGUGAGUUUAUUUUGUAUGGAUAUGUCACAUGUGAACGGGCUAAAAAAAAGAAGAGACAUGAUUGGCUGUGGAGAUCCACAUUGUCCGCUGUGUGGAAUCCAACCACGUUGUAAAUGAUUACAACAACAACCCAGUUAAAUCUCACGAAAAUAGGGUUUGGGGAGGCGAGGGUGUGUGUACAAUCUUGCCCCUACUCAAAAGUAAGAGAUUUUUCUAAAGAGACCCCCGGCUCAACGUCAAAAGUUGCAUUGCUUGACUAACUGCUACUUCAUUAAUUAAAAAAGUACAGACAGUUUAGAGAUCCAUUUUGAUUUAUUUCAUCACAUUCCAAAGCCAAAAAAUGGUAAAAUUUUCGCUCCAUCGGAGAUUUAUUCCAUCACACCCCGGCUCACGUUGUAAAUGAUUAACGGACGAAAACUAGGAGUAUAUAUCCACACUUGUGUAUACGAAUGCUUUGUGAGUGC